GAAUCCGUCGCAAGUCUGACGCAGUAAUCAUAGUGACAGAGCCUGGAUGCACUUAGCACAUUGACCAAAGCGAACAUAAACUUGGGAUAGCCUAUACGUUAACAUCGUUUGAUGCUUUUCCUCUAAAGUUUUUUUUUAUGUGCAAACAUCUAAUGGCAAUGUCAGAGACUCAAAAGACCAGUCAAUCGGCUAAAGACUCCCCAUUCUCCAUAAGGAAUCUUCUGAACUGUGACAAUAAGCCCUUAAAACGAAAUACCUUUCUGGCCUCAGGACUAUUUGAAGGUGGCUUUUCUCUAUCCCGGAUCGGUGAUUUGUCUUUUCCACGUUUUGAGUUACCAUCCCAGCGAUUUGGACUAUCUGCGCAUUAUCUGGAACGAACUUCUACCUGGUGGUACCCUUACUCAUUGGGCACAUCUGGGCAUAUACGCACUGCAGUGUCUGAAAAAGCCAGUGUGCGAGAUCCAUCACCGGGCAUGGAAGGAGAUUCUCUGCAGCUGGUUCAAAAAUCCCAAGUUGAUCUCAAAGAGGAUGACGACAAAAGCGCUGAUGACAUUGUAUUGGAGGAAAGUGAUGUGGAGGAACCAAAGAGAGACGACGUGGGGGAUGACUGGAGGAGAAUGGAUGAUCAUUUUGAUAAAAAAACGUGUCGCAAAAAGAAAACGCGCACAGUAUUUUCCAGGAGUCAAGUUUUCCAGCUGGAGUCCACAUUCGACAUGAAGCGCUACUUGAGCAGCUCCGAAAGGGCAGGCCUUGCAGCAUCUUUGCACCUGACGGAGACACAGGUGAAAAUUUGGUUCCAGAACAGAAGAAAUAAGUGGAAAAGGCAGCUUGCUGCUGAGUUGGAGGCAGCCAAUUUGAGUCAUGCAGCUGCUCAAAGGAUUGUGCGUGUGCCCAUACUGUACCACGAAACCCCAUGCUCAGAGACUGGCUCUGAUGGAAAUUCACAUGCAAGACAGUCGCUUCUAACAUUUCCUCAUCCCAUGUACUACUCUCAUCCAGUGGUGACAUCCAUUCCUUUACUGAGACCAGUUUAGAGACUCCAUUACUGUUUUAUUUGUAUUAGGCUAUACCUAUAGCCUAUUGUUUUUGGAAUUGUGUAAAAACGGUUUGUUUUGGAAAGUAUAAUUGGAGGCUAUAUUGUGCUGUUUAUCUAGCCUAUUGUAAUUAUUAUUGUUAGUGAUAACAUAAUUCUGUAUGUGUCCUACAGCAAACGCUAGCUAUAAAGUUUGAACAUUUUCAUCUUGGUCCACUUCAAAAUGCAUUUGUAAUUUGUAUUUCUUAACUAACUAAUCUAAUGUGAAGGUAAGUGCUUGGGUCUGUGGUCAUAAUAUUUAAUGGAAUAAUUCCAUAUUGUACAAUGUUGGUACAGACACUAUUCUUCUGUUCCAUAGCUAGCUCGGAAACAGUGAGGACAAUCAUCUGUACAUGAUAACUUAAAACCCAGCAUUCUUCUGAAGAAAAUAGACUCAAAAUAUUCAGAUAGAGUCCCUUUAUGAAUCAGCAAAAGCCUGUUUUAUUGCCUGUUGUAAGAACAUUGCGGAAAUAAAUUCUAAA